UUGUCCUACAUGGUUCACAAUCUACUUAAUUUUUUGACAUUUGUCAAAAUUUAUCCUACUACAAUAUUAGAGCAUUGGAGAUGCUCUUAGUAUCAAAACAGAGGAAAAAAUAAAGUGGCCUGAUCUUGAUUGUUGAGUACCAAAAGGCAAAAGCAAACACAAACGACGUCGUCUCACAAGCUUUCUCUCUCAGUAAGCCAUAACAGAGCUCGCGAGCUGGGAUCGGCUUUUCAUGAUUCAGGCGAAACACAUCAAAGCAAGAAGAAAAAAAGUGGUGUUAGAUGGAGCCAAAUACUUCCAUCCAUGGUUGCUGCCAUAGCCGCACGUUUCCUCUCCACUUCCGCCCUUCCCUACAUUCAUUUUUUUCUGAACUGGGUUUUCUUUUUCCUUUUCUUUUUUCCCCUUUUUUGGCUAAUUCAGGUGCAGAGAGUGUAGUGUACGAAGGGGUUCUUGAUGUAAAGAAAGUGACCGUCAAGAAUCCAUUUUUAUUUACUUCCGAUGACCUAGAUAAGUUCCACAAAGAAUUGCAGUUACUCAGUGAGCUUCUUACAGGUGUCGUGCCAUAUACUGAUCUUCGAGCAGAAGCAAAGGAUCAUGUGGUGAGCUGUCUUGAGGAGAGAAAACGUGUCACAAGGCCGAGCUGCUCUACAGGUUAAUAUCUUCUUGACACUUGCACUUGUUAAUUUAUGUGUUUUCGAACCUUAUAUAAAAAAAUUAAUUUUAAUUGACCUGUAACAAAAAACUAAUUUUAAUUGACCUGUAACAAUGGAAAAUGGGGCUUGCUCCAGUUGCUUACGAAUACUUGUAAUAUCCAUAAUUGUAUCGAAAAAAUUGCGGAUAUUUAGUUCAGUUGCUCUGAGCAUACUUAUCCGAUGGAGAAGAUGCUGUUUGUGAAUUUUCCUUCGGCUUAGAUUCUUAUAGUUAAUACGUAAUACAAAUGUAGUAUUAGAAAGAAAAAAUCAUUCAAUUAUAACGCAAAAGUUUGCGAAAACCGUUCUUGCGCAGAAAAAGGAGAGAAGGAAAAAAACAUGUUGGCCGAACCUGAAAACUGUGUAUGAGAUUUUGUACAGUAGAAAAAUGUGUGCUGCUUCUGGUUUCUUGGAUUCACAGCAUUUUUUUCUUACUUUAAUCAAUUUAUUUAUCUUUUCUGUUUUUUUCUUGGUGCUCCAUGUUAUGGUAAUGCAUCAAAUAUCUAGAGCAGAUGUUAUUAGCUUUCU